GUGGAACUUCAGCGUUGGAAACUUUGAGCUGAAGCUUCUUCCUGAGUCGCAGUCUGGAAUUAACUUCCUGGAGGGAGAGGUUACGAAUGGCGACCCCUGGAGGGAGAGUCAGCGGGUCAUCGCCGAUGAGCCGAAAGAGAGGGAGCAGGCGGAGAACCAGGAGAACCAGAAUCUGGACCUCAUCAUCAAAGUGUCUGUUCCUGAUUGGAAGGUCAUGGCCUUCAGCACCGAGCCUGAUGGACAGCUGGUCUGGGAACGUCAGUUCUGCACACCCAUCGCUUCGGCUUGGCUGGUGGGCGGGGGUAAAGUCACACCAAUCGCCUUGUUUGAUGACAACGCCUACAGCAACCAGUCAGAAUAUGAUGAAGAGGAUGACGAUGAUGAAUCCAAGCAGUCCAGAGGAGCUGAAGAAUCCAGUGUUUACCUUGGGAUGUUCCAGGGACAGCUCUACCUCCAGUCCUCAGUGAGGAUCAGUGAAAAGUUCCCUUCCAAAGCUAUCGGAUCUGAAAAGGACAUAAUUCCCCUGCCCACAGUCAAAUGGAAGCCUUUAGUCCAUUCCCCAUCUCGGACACCAGCCCUGGUCGGCUCUGAUGAGUUUGACAAAUGUCUGAAUAAUGACAAGUUCUCCCAUGACGAAUACAGCAACGGAGCCUUGUCCAUCCUUCAGUAUCCAUAUGACAAUGGCUACUAUUUCCCUUACAGUAAGCGUUACCGGGAGAAACGUGACAGUGCUGUAAGCUUAAUAAAGGGAAACGGGGCGGGGGCUGACAGUCGCAGGAGGAAGGACCCCGUGUUGCUGCUACCCUGGUGGAAGGAGAUCCUCGGCACCAUCGUCUUCUGCAUCGCCGCCACCACCUACAUCGUCCGCAAAUUCUUCCACCCUCCCGCCCCGGUGGCCUAUGUGAGGCAACGGAAAGAGUCGGAGACACAGUGUCAGACAGACUGCAAGUUUGACCUUGAGGUUGUGGAAUCCAAAGAGCCGGUUGCUAUGGAGACCCGUUCCAGCGAAUAUGUGUCCAG